AUGGCCAACUGUGACUCUAAAUACCGAAUUUGUGACCUCUCCCAAGCGAGGGUAAGACCUGACGGAGACAUUUCUUCAGUUUUUGAUUCAUUUACGCAAACAUCAAAACCAUUGGAUGGCAGGUUCAGUGAUAUCAAAAAAGCUAUUGUGAGAGAUCCGGAUUCUCUCAAGGAAAGUUGGAUCAGAGUAAAGAAAGCAUUAAAGGAUGGGAUCCAAGAGAUUAAAGAACUAGGUGAAGGUGCGAUUCCUCAAUUGAAUUUUGAAGAAUUGGACCAGUUGAGUGACGAAAAAAGGGCCGAAAUUCAUAAACGAGGCGUUGUGGUGAUCAAGGGAGUUGUUCCUAAGCAAGAAGCAAACUCUUGGGAUGCAGAAUUGCGCAACUAUAUCCUGGCUAACCCACAAACAAGAGGGUUUCCUCUGGAAAGGAAAGUUGUUUAUGAGUUGUAUUGGCCGAAACCUCAAAUUAAGGCUAGAUUACACUCACACAUGUUGAAGACUAUGAAGUUCUUGAACGGCUUGUGGAAUGCUUCGCCGGAUACAAGAAUUUCCUUUGAGUGGAAUCUUUCGUAUGCGGACAGAGUCCAUAUAAGAGAGCCUCAAGAUGAAACUUUCAAUUUGGGACCACACGCAGAUGGAGGUUCUUUAGAAAGAUGGGAGGAUGAGGAGUAUAGUCAGUGUUACAAGUCAAUCUUUGAAGGAAAGUGGGAGGAUUUUGAUCCAUUUGAUGCGACUCAUAGAGUUAACACGAAUAUGGAACGUUAUGAUUCUUCCGGCGCCUGCAAUAUUUUCAGAUCUUUUCAAGGGUGGUUAGCGUUAUCACAAAUCGCACCGGGAGAUGGUACCAUUCUGUUUGCUCCAUUAGUUAAGGAAAUCACGGCGUACUGGAUCUUGAGGCCAUUUUUCGAUUCCGAUGAUAACAUCAAUUUCGAUCCAACUUUCCCUGGUGCUUUUCCCGGAAUGAGUCAGGAGUUCAAUGAUGAAACGCACCCUGAAUUAUCGCUCGGUGAUUUGAUGAUUCCAACUCCUACUGUCGAAGCAGGCGAUGCCGUUUUCUGGCAUUGUGACUUGAUCCACAUGGUGGAUCCUAUUCACCAGGGAGUGAAAGACUCUUCAGUAUUGUUCAUUCCUUCUUCUCCCUUGUGUGAAAUCAAUCUCAACUAUGUCUUCGAGCAGAGAGAGACUUUUUUGAAAGGUUCAACUCCACCGGAUUUUCCAGGGUUCCCGCAAGGACCAGGUGAGACUACUCACAUUGGGAGGGCAGAUAUCGACGACGUUUUGGCGGCCGGCGGAGACGAGGGCAUGCAAGAGUUUGGGCUUUCACCGGUGAAAGUUAAAGUGAACACUCCUGGUGAACAGGAAAUGAUUCAGUCUGCCAAUCAAAUGUUAUUCCUUUAG